CGCCCGCUAGGGGGAGUGUGCUUGUCGUGCGUCCAUGAGAGAAGACGUCUUUUUCCACCCGACCUUUCUUCCCUCUUCACGGCGGUCACGCUGUCAUUAGCAGCCGGCUCCCAGUGUCUGACAAACCUGCCAAAACAUGAAGAUCUGGGUGUCAGAGCACAUUUUCAACCACCCAUGGGAGACGGUGACCAAGGCAGCCAUGCAAAAGUACCCCAACCCUAUGAACCCCAGUGUGUUUGGUGUGGACGUUUUGGACAGAAAUGUGGACAAAGAUGGCCGGUUACACAGUAAAAGACUGCUCAGCACAGAGUGGGGUCUGCCGGCCAUCGCAAAAUCUAUUAUCGGAGUAACAAGAACACACACCUAUGUCCAAGAACACUCAGUAGUGGAUCCCCGCCUAAAGAUCUUUGUGCUCAAAUCUACAAAUAUCUCCUUCACGAACUUGGUGUCUGUGGAUGAGAAGUUGACAUACAAGCCACAUCCGCAGGACCCUGACAAGACUGUGCUGACCCAGGAGGCUCUGAUCAGUGUGAAAGGUGUCAGCCUGAGCAGCUACCUGGAGGGUCUCAUGGCCAACACUAUCUCUGUCAACGCUGGCAAGGGUCGCGAGGCGAUGGAGUGGGUCAUCCGGCGGUUGAAUACAGAAAUCGAGGAGCUGGCAGCGACGGCACGCAGCACUAUACGCGUACCCAUGGCGGCGGCAGUGGCAGACGAAUGAUAGUGGGUCUCCUCCAAUCACGAACUGAUGCACUUCUCUUGAUGCUUCCCUCUUCCUCCAGGGGGAGCUCACCUCAACUACCAGUAAAGCCUAAUGCCGCAGCCUAAACCCCAACUUAAUACCCUUUUACUUUACUUUUACUUUUCAUGUCUUUUCCACCCUCGACGACCACAAAUACUGUAAUUGUCGCUCAUGCUUGCAUUUUUCUUCUGUGGUCCAAGCCAACAUGUCCCCCCCACACAGGCAAAAUGUCCACAAUAAUAACAGUGAAAUGCUGCAGAGAUAAGGACAAGCCAGUGUAUGUGCCGCGUGUCUCACUACUGGAAGAAGUACGUAAGUAAAUAAGCACUGUCAAACCCACCCAUCCAUUGUCUAUGCCACUUGUCCUCAUUGGGGACACAGGGGGUAUGCUGAAGCUUAUCCCAGCUGACUUUGGGUAGAACAUCCUAUUUAAAAGUCACUUUCUUCAUACGUCUCUCUGUGGUCAGGAGAGGCUGUUACAAAGUAUUCUUUUAACGUCAGCUGACCUCAUUCUGUCCUUGUUUAUCUUUUUUUUUUUUUUAAACCGUCCCUUUGGAAGCCCCUCGUACUUCCUCACUAUCUUUUAUUCCGCAGUGCCGCUCACUCAAGCAUCAAGUGACCAUUUUGAAUGUGAAAAACAUGACAGGAAGGAUUUUUGUUUUGUUCUGGGUGCCAUCAAAUGUGCCAUCAUCACAUAUAUGUUUUGAAGUAAGUGUUAUGAGAAUUUCAUUUAUCUGCCUCAAAAUGAUUCAACACCCCCCCACAUUGUAAAUUCUGACUGCAGAUUAUUAGAGAACAAUUUAAAAAGCUGCCUAUUUAUCAUAAGUAGCCAUGAAUACAAAGUCGGGGGGUUGUUAAAUGGUUUUGUAGUUGCAGCUGUGUCUUGUCCAUCCACCCAUGCAGUAUCUCCUUUAAUAAACUGAUGUUUUCUUAUGGGGAACAUUUUAAAAAGCAGGGGCUGUAAAUAGGUUUAUAUUUAUAUUGUCGCGGUGUUACAUUCCAAGAAUGUCAACCUGUAACUAAAACAACAACAACAAAAAAAGGCACAAAUGUGAAUAAUAAACAUGUCACUGUUUAAUGACA